AUGAAAACACGGAAGCCAUUGCCCAAGAAGCAAAAUAAUGCUCUUUCCCUGGGUUCCUCACCUUCCAUUGUCUCUUUGAAGCAGAUAGCACUUCAGGAGCAGCGCUCCAAACUUCCCAUCGCAAAAGGCAAGGACGCAUUGAUACGGGAAUUCCAGGAGCACGACGUAACUGUAUUACUAGGAGAGACUGGAUCGGGAAAGACUACACAGAUACCGCAAUAUUUAUUGGAGUCCGGAAUUGCACGAGGUGGGAUGAUUGCAGUGACCCAGCCUCGGAAGGUCGCAGCAACCUCUCUUGCUAUUCGUGUAGCAGCUGAACAAAAUGUCACCCUUGGAACAUCCGUCGGAUAUUCUGUCCGUUUCGAUGAACGCUUCAGCCCAGAGACUAGAAUUAAAUACAUGACCGACGGUAUGAUUGUACGAGAGCUCAUGUCCGACCCAUUAUUGAGCAAGUACAGUGUUGUUAUCGUGGACGAGGCACACGAACGAUCAUUGCGAACCGAUCUCUUGAUUGCCAACCUCAAAACUAUUCAACGACAACGUAAUGGUUUUCGGGAUGUCAAAGGGAAAGGAAAGGAUAAAGCGGACGCGCCUAAUCCUUUGAAAAUCAUCAUCAUGAGUGCGACACUGGAUGCUGAAAAAUUUGGCCAGUUUUUUUCUGGAGCAAAAAUCCUCUAUGUUCAAGGUCGUCAGCACCCGGUCAAAAUCUAUCACUCAUCGCAGGGGCAAAUAGACUACGUGGAUGCCGCAAUGCGUACGUUUUACCAAAUACAUACCGACUAUCCACCGGGAGACGUCUUGAUAUUCUUGCCUGGUCAAGAGGAUAUUGAAAGCUUGGAGAGGACCAUUGAGAUGUACGCUAAACAACUGCCGCAGGAUAGCCUGUCGGUAUUGAUAUGCCCCAUGUACGCUGCUCAAGCCGCUGGACAAAACUCGAAGGUGUUUCUUCCUGCACCUCCUAAAACCCGAAAAUGUAUAUUGGCUACCAACAUUGCGGAGACUUCUAUCACUAUACCCGGGGUGAAGUAUGUUAUUGACACAGGGAAGUGUAAGGAGAAACGGUAUCUCGCUAGAAAUACUGGUGGCGGGCUUGAUACCCUAUUGACCAGAGACAUCACACAGUCAUCAGCAAUGCAGCGGGCUGGUCGUGCUGGUCGUGAGGGAUCGGGACAUUGUUUCCGACUGUAUACGGCAGAUGCAUUCAAGGCAAUGCCGCUAUCCGCAGAGCCAGAAAUUAUGCGAUGUAGCCUUUCUUCUAGUCUCCUUCAGCUCAAGUGCAUAGGCCAGGACCUCGAAAAACUUGAAUUGAUGGAUCAGCCAGCCGAAGAAUCAAUGAAAUCUUCACUUAUCGUACUAUUUCUACUGGGUGCUCUCAACCGCGAGAAGGAAAUUACCGCUGUGGGGCGACAAAUGGCCUCAUUUCCUUUAGAACCCGUCUACGGUCGAGCCAUCAUUGCAUCCAAGGAUUACGACUGUACGCACGAAGUGUUGGACAUUGUGUCGGUCCUGUCCGCCUCUUCCAAGCUCUUCGUUGAAAGCUUUGAACAACGUGACGCAGUAUCAGAAGCUCGCAAGAAGUUUCGACACGUUUGUGGCGAUCAUCUGACAAUCCUCAACGUUGUGAAAGCAUACCAAGAGAUUGCCCAGUCGGAGGGCAAGGGCGAUCGGAAAGAGUGGUGUCGGCGUCACUUCUUGAAUGAACGCGCGCUGCUUGAGGCGAGUGACAUUCGGGACCAGCUUCGACAAACAUGUCAAAGACUUGGUAUCGAUCAUAGCGUUUCUUGUGGUGAUAAAGAAGAUCCAAUAAUAUUUAGCCUUGGUCAUGGAUUAGCUAUGAACAUUGCUCUUCUACAACCAGACGGAACGUACAAACAGACCAUAGGACAAUCGAUUGUCAAGAUUCACCCUAGCUCCGCGCUUUGCGACAAGAAGACACCAGCUAUUAUUUACGAUGAGUUGGUAUACACAAAUCAAAUCUAUGCUCGCGGUGUAUCCAGAAUACCCAAAUCUUUCAUCAUAACUUUGGGAGCGCUCAAACAGCAGAGCUAA